CGGAGCGUUCAUCCACCGGCAGGGCUGAGUACCAUGAACAGGAAUACGCGGCGCUGGAUUUUCCAUUUUUUCCUGUGCCUCGGGAUAGUGUAUCUGAAAAUCGGGGGGCUGUCGUCGGUGGUGGCGCUGGGAGCGAGCAUCAUCUGUAACAAGAUCCCCGGCUUGGCCCCGCGUCAGAGGACUAUCUGUCAGAGCCGACCCGACGCGAUCAUAGUGAUCGGGGAAGGAGUUCAGAUGGGAAUCAAUGAGUGUCAGUUUCAGUUCAGGCACGGCCGCUGGAACUGCUCAGCCCUGGGAGAGAGGACCGUGUUCGGGAAAGAACUCAGAGUGGGCAGUAAGGAGGCUGCUUUCACCUACGCUAUCAUAGCCGCAGGGGUCGCCCAUGCAGUCACAGCGGCCUGCACCCAGGGGAGCCUGAGUGGCUGCGGUUGUGACAAGGAGAAACAGGGUUUCUACAACCAGCAGGAGGGCUGGAAGUGGGGUGGCUGUUCUGCGGACAUCCACUAUGGACUGAGUUUCUCCAAGGUGUUUGUGGAUGCGCGGGAGAUCAAGCAGAGCGCCAGGACACUCAUGAAUUUACACAACAAUGAAGUGGGACGCAAGGUCCUGGAGAAGAGCAUGCACCUAGAGUGCAAGUGUCAUGGGGUUUCUGGAUCCUGCACCACGAAGACAUGUUGGACGACACUCCCCAAAUUCCGUCAGCUGGGAUACAUGCUCAAAGACAAGUACAACCACGCUGUUCACGUGGAGCCUGUGCGCGCCAGGCGGAACAAGCGUCCCGCCUUCCUGAAGAUCAAGAAACCACACUCCUACCGCAAGCCCAAGGACAUGGAGCUAGUCUACAUCGAGAGGUCUCCCAACUACUGCGAGGCUGACCCUCUGACCGGAAGCAUGGGGACGCAGGGCCGUCUGUGUAACAAAACAGCUCAGCAGCCCAACAGCUGUGACCUGAUGUGCUGUGGUCGGGGAUACAACACACAUCAGUACUCGCGUGUUUGGCAGUGCAACUGCAAGUUCCUGUGGUGCUGCUAUGUCAAGUGCAACACGUGCAGUGAGAGGACAGAAGUGUAUACCUGUAAAUAG